ACCUGGUGAGGAAAAACAAACCCCCUUUCAGUUGCAGUUGUUAACACUUCUUCCAGCAAAUUAAGAAGACUUUGUUAUUAUAGCUAAUGUCUCCUGCAGAGAAGAUGCAAAAACAUUUGAUCAUCAGCUUCUGAAUUAGUUUAGUUAACUUCCAAUCAAGAAGAUUUUGUGUUCAUUGUUAUUGGUAUUUAUUUACUAUGCCUGCACAGAUGAAGCAAAGUUCAAAGCAUAACUCAGAGAAGAGAAGUUGGGCUGAAUUGUGUUGUUUGGAUUGGUCGUGCAUACAGCUGUUCUGGCCAAGAGUGGUUAUGAGAAAAUGGCUCAACAUCAGCGACAAGGACUCCGAUUACAGCGCCGACCCUGAAGAUGACGACGACAAUCACACUGAUUCCGACAAUGAAGAAUUUUACCAACGUGGAAGGCCAUCAGCCCCAUCACGUUUUAGAGAUAACGUAGACGACGAUGCACGGGUUGAUCCUACUGAUGCUCUUCCAAAGAUACGAAGACGAAAGUCAGAAACUCUUAGGGCACAGUAUAUAAACACAAAGGAACUCAGAAUAUGCGUAGGGACGUGGAAUGUCGGAGGAAAACUUCCACCUGAUGACCUUGAUAUAGAUGAUUGGCUAGACACCAAUGAGCCAGCUGACGUUUAUGUGCUAGGUCUUCAGGAGAUAGUGCCAUUAAAUGCUGGAAACAUCUUUGGUGCUGAAGAUGGCCGUCCAGUUAUAUUGUGGGAAAAUAUUAUUCGGGAAGCACUUAAUAGAAUUCGACCUGAAGCAAAGAAGAUUAAAUCCUUCAGUGAUCCUCCAUCUCCUUCAAAGUAUAAACCACCUGAUGACAUUCCUGACAUAGAAGAGGAGAUAUUACUUGAAAGUGAUAGUGAUGUUGAUGAAGAAUUCCAUGAUAUUGGCGACGAAGUCCAUCCUUUAAAUGAAGAACCAAACAACAAUGAUGAAGGCAAAGGAACAGCAACCACAGGUGAAAAGGUGAAUUUGGAGUCUGGAAAUGAUCUUGCUAAUUCAGGCAUGCUUGCCGAAGGGGAGCUAAACAGGCAAUUUUCUUCUCCAAAGAGGUUAGAUAGAUUAAACUGUUUACGGAAUGAAGACAAUCCAUUUAAUUCACAAGCAUCAGGUGUUCAACCUACUGUCAAAUUAACCAAGAUGCUAAGCGGGAGUGAAAGGAUUGGUUUAAGCUGGCCAGAACCUCCAUUAAGCUUGCUAUCUCAACAUGUGUUAGAGAGACCAAAUUCUUUUAAGUCGGUUAAAUCUUUCAAGGCAUCCAAGUCUUUCAGAACAUAUAGUUCUUUCAAGUCAAAUGUAAAUGAUGUGGCUCCAGAAAUUGCUUUGCUUGCAGAAAUUGACCUUGAAUCUCUUAUGAAGCGUAAAAGAAGAUCAUCAUAUGUAAGGAUAGUAAGUAAACAAAUGGUUGGUAUUUUCCUUACUGUAUGGGUUCGUAGGAGCUUGCGGAGGCACAUUCAGAACUUAAAGGUGUCUACUGUUGGUGUUGGUGUUAUGGGCUACAUCGGUAACAAGGGCGCGGUAUCUGUUAGUAUGUCCAUAUACCAGACUCUGUUUUGUUUUAUAUGUGCUCACCUGCCAUCAGGUGAAAGAGAAGUAGAUAAACUUAAAAGAAACGCAGAUGUGCAAGAAAUACAUCGAAGGAUGCACUUUCAUUCACUUUCCAAAAUAGGGCUUCCCAAAUUCAUCCACGACCAUGAAAGAAUAAUUUGGUUGGGCGAUCUGAAUUACCGAAUCAACUUGUCAUACGAGAAAGCACGAGAACUAAUCUCCAAGAAGAGAUGGUCUGAGUUGGUUGAGAGUGACCAGCUUGUUCGGGAGCUUAGAAAAGGUCGUGCAUUUGAUGGAUGGUCUGAGGGUACUCUAAAAUUUCCACCAACAUACAAAUAUGAGAUUAAUUCAGAGAAGUACUUUGGAGAGGAUCCAAAAGCUGGGAGGCGAACUCCAGCAUGGUGUGACCGCAUUCUUUCAUACGGUAAAGGAAUGAGGCAAUUGAACUAUAGACGAACGGAACUUAAGCUUUCUGAUCAUCGACCUGUGACAGCAACAUACAUGGCUGAAGUUGAAGUGUUUUCGCCUAGGAAGCUACAGAGGGCUCUCACAUUCACUGAUGCAGAGAUUGAGAAUGAGGAUGUUGUAACAGACAUGGGGAUUGAAGUCGGGAUAAGCUGCUUAAAAUUUGAACAGGAUAUAUCUGAUUGGGAUCGUUAAAGGAGGCUAGCAUUAGGGAAAAUACUUAGAGAAGCUUUUUUAGUAUCGCAAAAAUCCCCCAAACCCGCAUAUUGGGCUCGAGUUGAAAGCUAGAAUCUAGAUCGCCGAUUGAACCCUGCAAUAAGACGGGUAUGGAGGGUGAGGGUGAGCCUCUGCAACUUGUGAAAUUCCCGAAAAAAGGAUUACAUAUUGAGUUCAUUCUUUUGAUGUCGUUAUUUUGUUACCGUUAGUGUAUAUUCUAGUUAGUGUGUAAAUGCAAGUAGGAUUUUUGCCAUGUGGUCUUUGAGCCUUUUACUUGUAAAGUGAGUUGGAUUUGUGUGUGAAUAUUUAUGGAAGUAAAAGUUGUUGCAUGAUCAUAAUAACCCAUAUUCGGAUGUGUGGAAAGAAGAAAUGAUUGUAACACAGACUUAAACCAUGGUUGUUUGUUCAUUUUUUUUUCCUUUUCCUUUUUCUUCUUCUAGACAU